ACUAUCAUCAUCAUUGUCAAAAUGCCAGAAAACACGUAUCGAAUCUAGUCAACCGCUGCCUGCAGCAGCGAGCAAGUCUGUAGUCGCUGACGCUGAAGUACCGUACGUGUUCUGUGAAAGUACCGCUUUGCAGAGUUUUCUCCUAAAGAACUGUCUACAAGGUUGUGCUGUGCUACCGCGGCCAUGGACGGUAGAAAGCCGCAAGCUUACGGUGGGCGACCGGCCGCCCCGCAGCUGUUCGAGGACACGGGGUUCCCAGGAGCCCCGUACGGCGGUAUGCCUCCGCCUGGUGUCUACCCCAUGAUGCCAGACCCGAUGGCCGCUAUGGCCAUGCAGUACGGCACCGCGCUGGCGGGCCAGGGCAAGGACAUGGUACACCAGAAGCUCGAGAAGUACGUCUCGGUGUCUAAGAUCAAGUACUACUUCGCCGUGGACACGUCUUACGUGGGCCGCAAGCUGCUGCUUCUGCUCUUCCCGUUCGGCCACACGGACUGGGCCGUCAAGUACGACCAGGACGAACCGGUGCCCCCGCGGUACGACGUCAACGCCCCGGACCUCUAUAUUCCGAGCAUGGCGCUGGUGACGUACGUGCUGCUUUCGGGCUACCUGCUGGGCCUGCGCAAUGAGUUCACCCCCGAACGGCUGGGCCUGCAGGCAAGCUCGGCGCUCAUGUGGCUCACCCUCGAGGUUCUGGCUAUCUGGCUGGCCACGUACAUCCUCUCCAUCCGCUCCAACCUGCGCGUCCUGGACCUGGUCGCGUUCAGCAGCUACAAGUUCGUCAGCAUGAUAGCGGCUCUGCUGGCGAGUAUGCUGCUCUACCAGCCAGGCUACCUGCUCGUGCUGGCCUACGGUUGCCUCACGCUCGACUUCUUCCUGGUAAGUGGCCUGCCCGCCAGUGUUGCGCGUGGUUCUGACCGGGGUCUCCUUUUGCAGCUGCGCACCCUGCGGCUCUCCCUGCUGUCUGGUAGCUCGUCCGAGGGCUCACGCCGGGGCCUCUAUCUGUUGCUGGCAGUGUGUGUGCUCCAGCCAGCGCUUGCCUACUGGCUCACACAGCCCCUGGCCCAGCAGCUGCCUCAAUAAACUCGUCUUGCUGCCACAGGCUGCUGCUGUCUGUCACUGGACAACCCAGGCUGCGCAGGUGCUCAGCGUAGAAAAUCAGCUCCUGGGUGACCAGCCUGCAAAAGGAGGACACAAGGGUUCAGCCGGUUGAAGGCCCCCCCGAACACAGCAACAUGAGUAGCUACCCGUGCUGAGGUCCUCCGUCGCGACUUAUGGACAGACGUGCUAGGUGGCGCGCAAGCAGGGACCGGAAUGUGGCGUGCACGGCUUCCAGGAGGGCACCCACGUCUGUUGGGCUCAGCAGCUCUGCCACGGCAGUGUGGAACUUGGUCAGGUGGCGGGCAAUACCCCGGAAGGCUGGUGAUGGCACGGGUGCCUUCACCUCCCACUGGACACAGGUGCACACAUUUAAAUAAAACAAAGUGCCCCAACCCCCUUACGCUACCCGGCUCACCUCGGCAAGCUGCCCGUCCAGCACAUUGCUCACAAUGCUGGCCAGCUUGGCGAAGAUCUCCGUCACAUGUUCGGCAUACUCCUGCAAAUAAAGAUGCCCUCUUUCUUUU